GAUUGAUCGGUCAUAUAUAAGUUUAUUGGGCCAUAGUUAUUAAAGUAGAGUUAUGAUUAUAUCUUAAUGUUGGAUUGAACAAUAUAGAUCAGAAGUCAUGUCAAUAAUAGAAACAUUUAAAGAAACGGGGAUAUUUGUUAAAAUUAGCAGUAGUUCACUGCUUGUGUCUCUUUUGUUUGUGUGGAUAGCAUUUACGUGCACGGGUUGGGGAGGUUAUGACAGGAAAGAAGUUCCCAGCGUAAAAAAUGGGAUGCAUUUUGGACUGUGGCGGAUUUGUGAUGAUUCGAUAAUAGUAACGCCGUGCAAACCUCUGGAUGGAGUUACGAAUGAGUGGUUUGGAACUGUUCAAGCGUUCGUGAUAUUUGGGUUUCUUGGAAUAAACGUGGCAUUCUUUCUCCUCAUAUUGUACGUAUUUGUUCCAAGUUGUCAAAGAAACGGAGAGGUUGGCAAGGCAGCAAGCAUCAUUUGUUUUGUAACGGCUGGCUUUUAUUUCAUCGGCGUAAUAAUAUUUGGCGUGAGAUACAAGCGUGAUUACAUAGAGCAAUACGAGCAAAAUUUUAAAUUUGGAUACUGCUACUUCUUGUCAAUAGCUGCAAUUCUUUUCGAGGGCGGUGCUGGGGUACUACUAUUCCUGGAGGCGAGGAUGAACGGAACGCAGACACCUACGGAAAGACAAAAUCUAACGGUAUCCACGGCGUCUAGUUAUCAAGGGAAUCCAACCUACGGAGCCUCGACAAACCGAGAUACAGUCGAGUAGAAAAUUACAAUGGCAUCAUAAGAUAACAUUCUCUUGUCUCGCUAUGUGUAGAAAAUCUUUUCGUAUUCUUUUUGGUUCUUGAAACUGUUCUGUAGCAUAAUAACAUUAAUUUGUAAAAUGAUGAUUAUAUCUUUUAUAAAUAAAAAAUCUGCAAAACAAAAUGGAAAA